AGCUUAUACAGGAAAGAUAACUCUAUAUGAUUUUGUAAACAAAUUAGAAAAUAUCUUUUUUUAACCAGAACGAAGUCACAAACAAGUCAUGAAUAAGUGUGGGGACACGCAUGUUUCUGCUGUGACCUUAUUUGACUUGCCCGUGGAGGAUGUUAUUUUCCAGCAUAUCUUUCCUCUGCUGCCAAUUCAGACUCUAUUCCACGCCCGCUGUGUAUGCAGGCAAUUCCAACAGAUUGUACAAUACUUCUUUACUGUGGCACGCACAUUGAAUAUUGCUAGGAUUGGGGGCAAAGUCACAGAAAGAGCAUUUCACAUACUUACUGAUGAAAGUUCAAACCUUGUGAAUGUUAACUUAAGGAAUGCAAAGGAUUGGCUUCAGGAUUCAUUACUUAUGCCAGUUCUGAAAAACAAUCAAAGAAUAGAGUCUCUAGAUUUAACAAACUGUACUAGCUUGUCAAAUACAAGUUUGCAAGUUUUAGUUACACAUUGUGUUGGGUUAAAGUCAUUAGUGCUGCGAGACUGCGUAUGGUUGGAUCCUGAUGGUGUGACUGUAAUCGGUUUGUACUCAAAUCAGCUGGAGAAAAUUGACAUGAGUGGAUGUUGGAAUGUCAAUGAUGAGGCUCUGGUAGUUCUUGUCAAAGGGUGCCCAAGAUUACUGUCAAUUGAAUUGAUGAAGAUAUACGGAUUAACAGAUACAUCAAUGUCCAUUCUUUGCCAAUCAUGCCCAAAAUUAGUUCACCUCAAUGUUCAAGGAUGUUGGCGCAUUACAGAUGAUAGCAUAAGGUUUCUGGCAGAAUAUGGAAAGAACCUGAAAACAUUACACAUUCGUGAUUGCACCCAUGUCACAGAGACUGUUCUGACAAAACUGCGUCAAAAUGGAGUGAAGAUGGACCGACUGGCACCUCCCAGUGCUGAUGGACGCAUGGACAAAGUACUGUCUAGAUUUAGACAUAAACUGCUCGUCCAAACAUGAGUUACUAAGUGUGUUAUUUUUGACCCUGCAUUUCACAAAUAUUUACAGUUUGUUGCUUAAAGUGAAUUUCUGACUGAAUUUCAUAUACCCAUACUAGCCAGUUAGCAUCAGAGAACCUUUCACAACUAAAUUUAUUAGAUGUACCAUAUUAUAAUAAUAACCACAUAUUUGAAGGAAAUGUGACACAACAGCAUUAUUCUUACAGUGUAUUAAUAGUAAAUUACAGUUUCAACUGUCAUAUAUCUUACAUAUCUUUAUGUAAUGUGUUUACAAUAUAUUGUUGUUUUUGUAUUCAAGUAAUUCAUGUCAUGCUGAUACAUGUAGAAUGUUCAUGCUUGUAAAUACUCAACGUCCUGUAGUACAGCACAAUGAUCA